AUGUCCAAGAAGAUGUUUCCAGAGUACAUUUCAUGCCAUUAUUGGACCUAUGGGGUUUUGAUUGUCCAAACAAUACGCAACAACAUAAUGGCGUCUACGCUUUUGGCAACAACGGCCAUUACUCUUAGUUCACUGAUCAGUGUUUUUGUGAGCAACGCAUCAAGCUCUUCCAAUGUAUCAUCGGAAAUAGUUUAUGGAAACAAAACUGCCAUUAUGUCUUCUAUCAAGUACUUUGCUCUCUUGUUAUGCUUCCUCGUUGCCUUUCUUUGCAAUGUGCAAUCUAUUAGGUACUAUGCUCAUGUUAGCUUCUUGGCUACCUUGCCUACGUCGAUAGACAAAAGGGAAUCUAUUGAGUAUGUCGCUAGAAGCUUGAAUCGAGGAAGCUUGUUUUGGUCGCUUGGGUUACGAGCAUUUUAUCUGUCGUUCCCUCUCUUCCUUUGGAUCUUUGGUCCCAUACCCAUGUUGGUGUGUUGCUGCAUAAUGUCAUUUGUGCUAUAUUUCUUGGACACCACUACCACUUUUACACAGCGUCUCCACAUCAACUCCAUGAAAGAGGGAUCAAGAACUGAUGAUAUUGGGUCUGUAUGUUGAUCAUUGUAGGCGUUGACUUUAUAAAAUGUUAUUCUUGAAAUUAGAGUAGUAAUGAAAGAAAUCUGUCAUUAGUUUUCUGUCUGAAGUUUAUUCUUAAAGAGUUGGAAGGUGCCUCUAGUAAGCAGUUACCUAUAUAUCAGCAUGUCCUGUGUUAGGGCAUGCAUUUGUAUCUUUUUGAGGUGAGAAAGUAGUUUAGGUAUGUACCAACUUCACAGUGAAGAAUAUAAAAAAUUACAUGAUUAUUGCCAAUGUUUC